ACAACUGUACCAACUACUUUAACAACUGUACCAACUACUUCGACAACUGUACCAACAACUACAACAACUGUACCAACUACUUCAACAACUUUACCAGCCACUACAACAACUGUACCAACCACCACCACAACUGUACCAACAACUACAACAACUGUACCAACUACUCUGUACCAGCCACUACAACAACUGUACCAACUAUUACAACAACUGUACUGACGACUACACCAGCUGUAUCAGAAUUAACCAUAUGUUCUGGGGACAACAACACGCUAGACUCUGAUUGUGAAGCUGCCCAUACUGACUUUCCUUUCUGUGUUGAUGGACACUGUUCCCAAUGUGGGAUAGAUGACCAUUGUAUCUCAUCAAAGAAAGGACUAUUUUGUUUGUCGAGUGAACAGUCAACCAUCAGGCUGUGUGGUGACCCACAUGUAACGUUACCUAUACGAGGAUCGAAGCUACCCCUGUGUUUCAAUUUCUUUGGUAAACAUGGUACCAUCUCAAAUGUGUACACAGAUGGCACUUUAGAUAUUCGUGUGAGGUUUAAACUUCUUGAUAAUGGUAUAUCUAAAGUGUUAGACAUGAUUGCAAUAACUUCAGGCAGUUACUCAAUAAUGCUAUCACCAGAAGCAAUUGCAUUUAAUGGCUAUCAGCAUCAUAAAUGGGAACAUUGUGAACAUCACAUAGGUGGCGCUGUCAUCAAAACUCAAAAGGAAAAGUGUAUGAUUACAUUCCGUCAGCCACACUUGACAAUUGAUGUGCGCAAUAAUGGCAAAUUCCUGAACUAUGAUAUUCGAGAGAAUAUACCAAAUACUGCAGGUGGAAUGAUGGGCGUUUUGGUAAAUGAGGCCUGGAUAACUCUGAAAGAUGCCACCCAUGGUACAGUUCACAUUCGAGAAACUGAGACAAAUAUUGAACUUGAUUUAACGCACAAUAGAGACCCUUGUUGGAGAGUGGAUAGGAACUCUCACACACAGUUUAAUUUGAAGUUCUUAAUGAAGUUCAAAGUAAAGUCAUUGUAUCCAGAUGACAAUGAUGUUUAGAUUUCAAAGAUUAGAUGCUAUACUAUGUAAUGUUAAUCCACUGAACAAUAAACUCAGGUGAAUUAAAAAUGAAUAUAUUCAUUAAUCCAUAUUGCAAAAUAAGUGAGCUCACAUUCUUCAGCUUUCUGUCACGUAGAGCACUACCUUACCACAUUAAAUAUCCCUUACGUUCACUUUUUGAAAACGUUAACAGAUUCAGAUCACGUGUUUGUGAAUUGCCCAUUUCUCAGAAUGGGUAUGGACAGAUUUGAACAUUGGGAACAUUUAAACUUACAUGUAUGUA